AUGGCGCUACCCAAGAGGCCACAUUACAUUGUCCUGCUGGCACUGUGCUGGAUACCCAGUUUGAUGGGGACCCAAGAUACUGUCCCCAUGCAGAGCCUGAGCUGCUACAAUGACUACACCAGCCGCAUCGAGUGCAGGUGGGCGGACAUCGUGGCCAGUCAGCGGCUCAUCAACAUGACCCUCUAUCACCAACUGAACAGGGAAACUCCACAGCCAGUGACCUGUGAGCUCAGCGAGGACAAGCCCUGGGAACGCUGCCCUUCUCCACCCUGCGCGUCCAGAAGAUGUGUCAUCACCCGCAGCUACUUCGCCCUCGGCUCUGAUGACUACUUCUCCUUCCGGCCAGACAGACCUCUCGGUGCCCAGCUCGCUGUUACCCUGAGUCAGAACGUCCAGCCCCCUGCACCCCAGGACCUGCAGGUCAAUGACACUGGAGACCACUUCCUGCUGACCUGGAAGGUGCUCCUUGGAGAUCCUCAGAGUCCUGGGCUGUCUGAGUCACACGUGGAGUUCGAGCUGGUCUACCGGCGGCUGCAGGAUUCCUGGGAGGAGGCCUCCACCCUCUCCAUCAACUCCUCCCGGGCCAUCCUGGGGCCUGAGCACCUCAUACCCAGCAGCACCUACGUGGCCCGAGUGCGGACCCUGCUGGCCCCGGGCACAGGACUCUUGGGGAGGCCUAGCGAUUGGAGCCCAGAGGUCAAGUGGAGCUCCCAGCCAGGGGAUGAGGCCCAGCCCCAAAACCUCCAGUGCUUUUUCAACGGGGCCCACACACUCAGCUGCUCCUGGGAGGUGAGGUCCGAGGUGACCAGCUCCGUCAGCUUCACCCUCUUCUACAAGCCCAGCUCUGGGGCAAGGGAGGAGGAGUGCUCUCCGGUGCUGAAGGAGCCGCUCAGCGGGCCCUACACCCGGCACCGGUGCCAGAUUCCCGUGCCCGACCCGGAGGCCCACGGCCAGUACACAGUGUCCGUGCGGCAUAAGGACGAGGAGCAGUCCAUCAAGAGCUCGGAUCACAUCCAGCUGGACCGCCCGACCAUCAACGUGACCAAAGACAGAGAGGACUACGUCCUGCACUGGAAGACACAGAAGCAGUACUACCUGCACAUAGGGCACACCUUCCAGGUCCAGUACAGGAAGGACACGGACACCUGGAAGGAGAGCAAGACACAGACCCUGGACAGUGCCCACAGCAUGCCGCUGCCACCCCUAGACCCGGCCACCAGGUACUGGGCCAGAGUGAGGGUCAAGCCCAAGCCAGGCGGCUACAACGGAAUUUGGAGCGAGUGGAGUGAAGCUUGUUCCUGGGAGACUAAGUGGGUGCUGCCCAUGUGGGUGCUGGCCCUCAUCCUGGUCCUCAUCACCCUGGCCUUGCUGCCCGCCCUCCGCUGCUGUGGCCUCUGGUACAGGCUGAACCAGAAGUGGAAGGAGAAGAUCCCCAACCCCAGCAAGAGCCAGCUGUUCCAGAAGAAUGGUACAGGUUUCUGGCUCCCAAAUAUCCCAUCAGACUCCACCAGCAGGAACCUCCUAUAUAAGGGACCGUGGGACAGCCAUGUCCCCGAGGUGGACAGGGUGUUCCCUGUACAGUAUGAAAGCGAUGUGUCACCUCUUACCGUGGAGAAUCCCAAAGACAUUUGUGACUCCUCAUCGGGGGCUGACAUGACUCCAGCCGCCUGCGAGGGCACAGAGCAGCUCUCCAGCCUCGAGCCCAGCCUGGACACCCCCUCAGGCAGGCCUGAAAGCCAGGAUUGUGCCUUCGACUUCAAUGGCCCCUACAUCAGGUCACCCCAGAGCUGCUCCCUGCCGGACAUCUGGGGCCAGCUGGCAUGUCCCAAUACAGACAGGAACAAGAAGUCACCACCAGCAGGAUCCCUGGAGUACCUGUGUCUACCUGCUGGGGGACAGGUACACCUGGUCCCGCUGGCCCAGGCCAUGAGGCAGAGCCAGGCCAUGGAUGCUGAGAUGCAGCCCAGCCCCAGGGCCAAUGAGAGUGCCUCCCCAGAGUCAGAAGCCCCUGUCCCUUCUCCAGCCGAGCCUGUGGUGGAUACCCAAGGCCCAAAGGACAGCCCAGCAGCUCUGACCUCUGAUUAUGUCAUUACCACAGAAGUGGCUCUCACGCCACUGCCACCUCUGGGGGCCCCAUCUGUCUCCCUGGUUCCACCUCUGGGUCCCCCCUCCCAGGAGACCCUCACUCCCAGUCUUGGACUGGCCAGUGGGGUCUCUGGAGUCCCCAAACCCCUACAGCCGGGAACUGAGGGCUAUGUGGGGCUUCCUCCAAAUGAUGGCCAGUCCCCCAAGUCCCAUCUUGGUGGCUGUCUCACUUCUCCUACACACAGUAGCCCAGUCUUGAGCCCAGGGGAGUCCCGGGCCCAAGAGACCCCUGGGUCCCCCCAUCCUGAGGGGCUACUUGUUCUGCAGCAGGUGGGUGAUUACUGCUUCCUCCCAGGCAUUGGGUCUGGGCCACUCUCACCCCGGAGCAAGCCCUCCUCCCCGAACCCCUGCCCUGAGAUUGGGGGCCUGGACCAGAACAAGAAAACCCCAGGUCCAGUCACACCCCAGGUACCAGCGGUUCAGCUCUUCAAAGCCAUGAAACAGCAAGACUACCUCCUGCUGCCCCCAUGGGAGGUGGGCAGGCCCAGGGAGGUGUGCUGA